AUGGGAGAAUAAAUUUCCAAAGACUCUUGCAACUGUGCUGAUUCGCCUUAAUAUUUAAAUACUAACAAUUAUGAUAAUAUCAUAAAUCACUAAUAAGCCAUUUCUCACUUCGAUAUUAUAAAUACAACUCUGAAUGAUUAACUAACAGAAAAAAAGCAUCCAUAGUCAUAUCAAGCAGAUCUUUAACAAACUAACAAGAUAUCGCCCUUUUAACACCAGGAACAAUAUAGGAAAACGCCAACCUUGAUUUUAAGAGUUAUCGCUUCUGCCACCUUGGAUGAAAAUUAAAUUUUUGAGUUUCAACCGAAUCAUUAAUCUAAUGUUAUUUAUUUUGGUUGUAAAUACAAGAACAACAGAGGAGGUUAUAAAAUUAAUGAUUUUAAAAUCCCUUCUAUAGAUAACAAAUUGAAUAAAAAGAAUAGAGGAUAGCAUUUUUAUAUUAAAUAUGAUUAUCAAAACUAAAACUUUAGAAUUAAGGACUUAGGAAUUGGAUUCGGCUGUUUUUUCAAGGCAAGUGAAAUUCAAUUAUAAAACAAUACGCUAAUAACAAUGGGAUCAAUGUAUUUUACAACAUAAAUAUGUUAUGGGUAAGAUUUAUUAAGGUUGCCUUCCUUUAAUAAUUUAUAUGACGUAAAGGAAUUCAUUGUUAGUGGCUACCCUUGCGAUAGAUAAUAAUUCUUAUCUUUAGAUAGAGAUUAAUGGUACCUUAGAAUUUAGCUCUAUGGUGGUACUGCAAAGGACGAUGUUUACAUUCUAAGCUCCAAAAAUUACUUACCAGUUACAAUAGGAAGAAAUAUUGAUUGUUUGAUUAGAUACUAUGACGAUGUUCUUUUAUCAAAGUAUUAGUGCACAAUACUUUUCGAUGGCCAAUGGAAAAUAAUUGAUGGAAUUGAAGGGAAAUCGUCAACAAAUGGGACCUGGCUGUAUUUAAAAGACGAAUAAAUAUUAAAAGAAAAUAUGCUGUUAAAAACUAAUAAUACCAUCAUGGAAGUGAACUUUAAAUUAGAUUGA